AUGUCGAAGGAUCGUCGACGUGCAGGUUCCUUGACUAGAGAUGCGCUUCAAGCAGAUGACCGAGCCAUCAGCAACGAGCAUGGGCUUGCAGGCAACCGAAACCCAGCCCGUCGGCCGCCUCUUCGGACCCGACCCCAGUCAUGGCAUCCAUAUGGACCGGUAGAGCCGCCUCUGGAGUCGCUGUCAUCGCGACCCAUCGGCGUCCAUGCAAUCCUAAAUCCACCAUCACAGGCAGCCGCUGAGCUGGCCUCCAGCAAACGCGAGCCACUCAGUCUACCAGGUCCAUCAUCCUCACCUCGACCACAAGGUUCCUCACCCACAGCCCGUCCGGGUCCUCCAUUGGCACCACAUCCAUUGUCCCCGAGGUCCCAUCCAAGAGCUCUCAUGAACCCAGACUCACCCUCGGCCAGGUUUGUGGGCGGGGGUGGCAGGACUUCUGGUCAGUCGAGCGUUGCACAGUCACCUCUGGUUCCUCAGGAACCUUUCAUGGGCCCACGACCCCCCGCCAUCAGCUCGCCUCUUCCUACAGAAACAGGUCUACGCUCAAUCGCAUCUAUCACAGGCACGCAACCUCCUGUAUCGGCUUCGCUUCAUUCUACACGUAGUCUCCAUUCACGCCGGACCAGCGCUGGACCAGGACCUCUCACCAACCCGAAUUCCCAAGAAACGAGUCCAAUUACUUCUCAUUCGACGUUCAGUCAGUUUGGUCGUGCUUCUCCGGCUGUGACUAGCGUUUCCAUUCCAAACAGUGCCCCGGCAUAUUCUGCGGCUUCUCCAUAUAUGACAAUGGAGCCCCAUAGCCGGGGUGUUCCUGCGCCCGCAGGACCAAGAGUCAAAGCAGAAGAGACAUCAAGAGCUGGAACUCCACAAAGCGGUUCUUUCCCACCUGGCAUGAUACCAUGCGUCCUAGAUAUGCGGUCAGGUUCAUCCAGCCAAGCAGAAAAACGCAAAGCAAACAGUGAUGCAUCGCGACGAUUCCGCAAUCGCAAGCGCAAUGAAAUGCAACUGGAGCAGCGACUCACUGCACAACAAGAGGAGAUCCAACGGAGCAUGGAUACAAUCCGGCGACAAAGCGAAGAAAUCCGUUCCCUAGUCCAACAAAGAGACCACUACCAUUCCGAGCGAGAUUUCUACCGCGAACAGCUGAGCCGAACAAUGUCGCUGGGCUCUUUACCCCCAAGACCCUCUUCUCCACGCUCUAGCCAGCCAGUCCCCGUCCCAACUGUGGACCCAGCAGGCACGGCCACGUGGUCAGGCGCAGAUCCUGGCCGUUCUGUGUCAGGCACACAGCCGGCCCCUGCGGGCCCUCAGCCACCGAGAAUGUUAGACCCCGUUCAGGCUCAGCCUUCUUGGUCUGCUAAUCCUCCUUCGUAUCCUUCUACUCCAAUUCCACCUUCCACGCGGGGUGUGCCUCCAGCUUCGUCCGCGUCUGUAUCUGGAGGCCCGUUGCCGCCGAUUCAAGGGACUUGGCCACGCCCUUAA